AAAAGAUAAUGCACUCAAGCGAUUGAGGGAGAGCAAGACAGACAGAGCUGGACAAUUUGACUAUUUUUAAACGACCCAGUAUCCCUCCGUGCUGUGCGCUUGUGUGGUUACAAACAGGAGCCUACUAACAUGGGAUUCUGAAUUGCCUGUCAUCUAAAAAUCUAUUCGGAAAAUAAGGACAUUACCGAGGAUUAUUACGGCAAAUAACGGUUCAACUCAACUGCCUGUUUUGAGAUUGUAAUAUGCGUGCUACCAGUGGUAUAUUAUAGACUCAUUGUUUUCUAUUCUAACUUUCACAGCAUGUUGCCUUCAAUUUGGUAAACAUGUGAAGCGUAUCGUGCUUUUAAAAAAUCGACUGGAUUUGGAACUGUAACAACAAGCACAUUUUUAUUCCCCUUUGUAAUUCGCAUACUGUUCCCAGGAAAAACGUUUUGCGGAGUUUGAUCAUAGGAGAUAACUUUAAUCAGUAUUAAAGUUCUCUCGCCACCUUGGAACGCACGGAUAUGCUACAUUGUUUUCAUCAGAUUUGACAGUGGGGAAAUUUACACGUUUGGCACCAACUCAUCAAUCUGGAAUCGUUACAGCCACAGUUUUUUUCCUCCAAUAAAUUUUUCUCAUGGGCUGAAAUAUUUAACUUUUCUUUUCUGUUUUAAUACGUUAAGUAUUUCGUGAUACAUACACUUUCCUGAUAUCACCAUGGAUGUUUUUAAUUUGAGGAUUGCCAUUUUACUGUGGUGCCAACUUGUUAUUGCUGCAUCCAGCUUGGAGAUCGGAGCCUAUGAUCUAGAGAGAGGCAGACCUGCAAAAUGCGAACCCAUCACCAUCCCCAUGUGCCAGGGCAUUGGCUACAAUAUGACAAGAAUGCCCAACUUCAUGAAAUAUGCAAGCCAAGCAGAGGCCAGCAUCAAACUGAAUGAGUUUGCCCCUCUCGUGGAAUAUGGCUGUGACAUGCACCUGCGCUUUUUCCUCUGCUCCCUCUACGUCCCCAUGUGCACUGACAAAGUGUCCACCACCAUUCCUGCCUGCCGACCAAUGUGUGAGCAGGCCAGGCAAAAGUGCUCUCCCAUCAUGGAGAAGUUCAGCUUCGGCUGGCCUGACUCACUGGACUGCUCCAAGCUACCCACUAAAAACGACCCCAACUCCCUGUGCAUGGAGGCGCCUGAGAAUGACACAAAGCAGGAGACCAAGAAGGGGGAGGGCAUGCUCCCGGUGCCCCCCAGACCCAGGCAGCCCAGCUCAGGUACCAGCGGGCGCUCUGGCACCAGCCUGGGCUCCUGCAAGAACCCGAAGAAGUUCCAGUACGUGGAGAAGAGCCAGUCGUGCGCCCCACGCUGCUCCUCUGCAGUGGACGUGUUCUGGUCAAAGCAGGACAAGGACUUUGCCUUCAUCUGGAUGGCGGUGUGGUCCACACUCUGCUUUGUCUCCACCGCCUUCACCGUCCUCACCUUCCUGCUGGACCCGCAGCGCUUCCAGUACCCAGAGCGGCCCAUCAUUUUCCUCUCCAUGUGCUACAAUGUCUACUCGGUGGCCUUCGUCAUCCGCUCGGUGGCCGGGGCCGAGAACAUCGCCUGUGACCGGGAGAAUGGCGAGCUCUACAUCAUCCAGGAGGGGCUGGAGUCCACGGGCUGCACCAUCGUAUUCCUCAUCCUCUACUACUUCGGUAUGGCCUCAUCCAUCUGGUGGGUCAUCCUCACCCUCACCUGGUUCCUGGCCGCUGGUAAGAAGUGGGGCCACGAGGCCAUCGAGGCCCACAGCAGCUACUUCCACAUGGCCGCCUGGGGCAUCCCAGCCAUGAAGACCAUAGUCAUCCUCACCAUGAGGAAGGUGGCCGGGGACGAGCUGACAGGGCUGUGCUACGUGGGCAGCAUGGAUGUCAACGCCCUGACUGGCUUUGUGCUCAUCCCUCUGUCCUGCUACCUGGUCAUUGGCACCUCCUUCAUCCUCACGGGCUUCGUAGCGCUCUUCCACAUCCGCAAGAUAAUGAAGACAGGCGGCACUAACACGGAGAAGCUGGAGAAGCUGAUGGUGAAGAUCGGUGUGUUCUCCAUCCUGUACACGGUGCCCGCCACCUGCGUCAUCAUAUGCUACUUCUAUGAGAGGCUCAACAUGGACUACUGGAAGUUCCAGGUUCUGGAGAGCAAGUGUGUUUCAUUCCCUGGACGCCGGAACGAGGACUGCUCCCUGGAGGAGUCGGUGCCCACCGUGGCGGUAUUCAUGCUGAAGAUCUUUAUGUCUCUGGUGGUGGGCAUCACCAGCGGUGUGUGGGUGUGGAGCUCCAAGACCCUGCAGACCUGGCAGGGUCUGUGCAACAGGAAGCUGGCAGUGCGGACUAGCAGGAAGCCCUGUGGCAGCGUCAGCUGCAGCAGCUCCCACUGCCACUAUAAGGGCCCAGCCGUGGUGCUCCACAUGUCCAAAACAGACUCUUACAUAGAGAGCCCAACACACGUCUGACACUUCAAGUGACAUUUCUCAAAGUGUUUUGUAAAGACAAUGCCAAAGGGAAAGGAGGCUAUUUUGUUAUGUGAUCAUUUGAAAAGCUCAGGUUGGACUACAUCUGAUGUUCGUUGAGUAGCAAUACCUGAAAGUGACAGUGUUUUUGCUGUCGUUUGGGGACAUUAUCCAAAUUGCUUGCAGUUAAACCACACAGUUUGGUGCACAAGCAGAAUCAGAUAAGCUUCUAAAGGGAACAUUUAUUGUAUAGCAUGCCAUAAAGUUGGUUGUUUCUGCUUAACUAACUGAACAUGAAUGCAAAAGAGAACUUGCAUGGAUGUAUCAAUAUUUGGUUUAUGCUCCCCCCCUGUAAGUUUAUUUAUUGUGUUGUAUAUUUAAUUGCAGGUUCUUCAUGGUGUUUCAUAAGUUUUUGUAUAUUGUAUGUAAGCGCACGUACUAAAGAGUUAUGAGUUAUGAAUAUAGGGCCUGUUGAGAUGUACAAGUGCCUUUUGAAAAUUCAUAUUUUUAUGAAAAAUUGACAUUAAUAAUUUAUAUAUUUUCACUGAUGACUUUACUAUCUCCAUUACUUUACAACAUAUGUCAAAUUGUUAGGGGUAGUUGUCAUAAACAUGAGCAAAGCAAAGACAUUCUACAAUAGCAUAAAAAUGUUUUGGUUUAAAUACCUCCUUUGAAAAUAUUCAUUUUGCCUGAAACGUUUUGAUUUAGAUUUUCUACAGUGCCUCUUCAAAUUGACAAGCUCUACAGUGGUCAUUUUCUUGAGUGGACUUUGAUGACCUUGUGGACCCACCUACAGUAUGAAGCUCUCACUGGCAAAACUAGUCAUAUUUUCCCAAGUGACAUCAGCUGUUAAUUUUAUAUGCCCUUUCAUGUAUAACUCUGUCCUUGCAUUGCAUCAGUGUUCUGUCACAUUUGUGGAAUACAAAAUGCUUGAGUAAAAUGUGAACUAAAAGCUGUGUGUUCCACACAGUUAAGCCUUGUACCAAAUGUGUGGUCUUUUGACAAAAGCGUUAAUAUGUUUUUAACCUGCAGCCUCGGUUGAGGUGGAAAACAGUCAGCGCCUCCAGGCCACUCUGCCUGCCUGUGUUUGUGAAGCUAUGCUGAACUUUCUGUUUUCCAAUGAAACAUCAGCUCCAGCAAAAAUAACUUACAUGGGGUGACAGCAUUCCAUGGUGCGGGAAAGAGAGAGACAGAGUUUUAACGAUGUCAUGACACUGCCUUUAAGGGCAUUUUUCUCUGCGUAUCCCAAAUAUAACACACAGGCAGUCAAAAUGUCAGGCUUUUCAAAAGUUCAGUCUUUAUAAAGCUAAAGAAUACAUGGCAUUAUCCUUGUUGAAUAGGUACAGUAUAGCAGAUGUCUGCUAAUGUGCUGCAGACCCAUUUAUACCUCAUCAUUGCACAUUAGGCCUUAACAAUGAUGAUAUUUACAUUUUGGGCUGGUCCAGCCCACCAGCCUAUCCUUAAAUAGGGACAUUACGGUUUUAUCAUCCUCUCUUCCCUGUUGCUGGUGCCUGCGUCCUGCCUGCGCAGACAUUGUCCAUGGCUUGGCAGCACGUCUCCCCGUGGAGCUGAAACCACAGUUACAUUUCACCAUAAAAAGCUGGGUUUGUAUUGGAGCUGCGCAUUGGGACCCCUCUGUGGUAUGUAAACCACAUGUACCAGUCACAAUAAAGUGAAAUUAAUGUG